UCUGGAAUAAAAAUGUAGAAUAUGAAUUUAUCUUCGACUCAAUGAUUUCAAUUUGACUUUUGGACUGUACUAUAGUAACAUUUCGAGAAUUAGUUUUUUCGGCAUCUUCUUUGAACUAUUUUAGAAAAAAUGAAAUCGCAAAGUAAAAAUGGCUUCAAUUAACCUAAUGAAGUUCUUGGUCUCAAUUUCGACUAUUUUAGUCUUACACAUUGGAGGGGUUUCGUGCGAUUCAGACACCGUAAACCUCUCGGGAGUCAGUGAAAAACUCGCCUCAUUGGUUUCAGUUACCGUGUUUAUCCUGGUAUCUUCCUGUUUUUUUCACUUUUUAACCUCUAAGAUAAAUGACAAGAUUCCAAUAUCCCUGGUCCUAUUUAUCUACGGGAUGCUCACCUACGGCAUUCUGAUGAGUUUUGAUCACCAAAAACUCCCCUUUGGGAUUCUCAGGUGGAUAUCAUCACUAAGGAACAUUGAUAACUCCAUACUCUACUUUAUAGCUCUUCCCAUUCUACUCUAUGAAGCCACUCAAACUAUAGACUGGUAUUCAUUUUGUAACUUCUUACUCGCAGGAAUCAGUCUCGCAGUCAUCGGGGUUGUAUUGCAAGUGGCAAUACUGGGAAUUCUGUUCCAUUACACACUAAGAGAAAAUGACAGAUGGUCAUUUUUUAUUAGUUUCCUACUGGCUUCAAUUUUAAGUUCUACGGACCCAGUUGCAGUUUUAUCCAUUCUAGGUGAUUCCACUUCAUCACACAAACUAAUCACAAUGUUCAACGGAGAAUCACUGAUAAAUGAUGGAACGAGUGUGUUGUUAUUUCAAUUUUUUUAUUUAUUGAGCAUAAAUGAAAAGUCGUCGUAUUGGUACUACAUUAUGUUAUUUAUAAAGCUGUUGAUUUUAUCGCCUCUACUUGGGAUCGCCUGCGCCCUGGUGGUGAUAGUCUGGAUAUCAUUUUUCCGUAAAUGCCACAUCGUCCAGUGCAUUAUCUCAAUUUCAUUCGGAUACCUUCUGUACUUUUGCUCAGAAUAUUAUCUUAACAUUUCUGGACCUCUGUGCAUAGUUUGCUACGGCAUAUUCAUUAAGGCAUAUGGGCUAAUUACCUUUGAUAAAGAAGCACUUGAGAAACAUCAUGUACUAAUAGAGUCGAUCUCAUACAUGUCAAACUGUGUAGUAUUCGUAGUCUCAGGUAUUAUUACAGUAGGGAUGCUGAGGUCACAGUUUAAAAUCAAGAGUAUAGGCAUGAAAAUACUUAGACUUGUUGUUGUGUAUAUUUAUCUCAAUAUCACCAGAACUAUUAUGCUCAUACUCUUUAAACCACUACUGACCUACACCGGAUAUCAAAUUAAUUUCAAAGAGUUGUUAUUGUUGAUUUGGGGAGGAUUGAGAGGUGCAAUGGUAUUAGUGCUAGGAUUGAGACUGGAGAAUGAUAAACGAAUUAGUGAUUUAAUCAGCGAUUUAUUAUCAUUUUACAUUUCAGGAAGCACCAUGAUCAUUCUAAUUCUACACGGAUUUACGUUUAAUUUGUUGUAUAAAUUACUGAAUCCAUACCCGGUGAAAGAGUAUCGAAUAGAGUAUUUGAAAAAGACAAUGAAGUUUAUUGAGGAUAAGUAUUUGGAGAGAUUAAGCAAUUUGGAGAAUUACUGGCUAUACAAGAAUACAGACGUGCUGGAAAAGGCAAAUCUCUUGGUUCCAGUACUGACAAAUGUAAAAUGGAGUAAACUUGGAACUAUUUCAUACAAUGUAACACAUGCGAAUAUAAAAAAUCUCAUGGUAAUUGAUGAGAGGAAAGGAGCAACUCAGGAAGAGUUAGACCUUGAAGAUGAAGAGAAUAUCUUCCUACUGAACAGACAACUUAACACCAAUUUUACGCACGAUUAUUUGAAUAAUAUAAACUCACAGUCAAGUGAUUUAUACACUAACCCGUCUCAUGGAAGUUCCGGAGCAUCAUCGGCAACUGGAGUUGACGGCCCAAUCCCUCCAAACCGCAGCAGUGAGAACCUGGAAGUCAUACGCUACACUGUUAGCAGUUUUAGCAGUGAUUAUGAAAUUGCAAAGAGAGGCUCCAUUGCAAUAAAUGAACCACUACCGAAGGAGGAAUAUUCAGAAAUGGAUAGUAGCAGCAGUAAAGAACUUGACGAUCAGGAGGUUUACAUUAUCAUCUUCAAUGGAUUAUUAUACAUAUAUAAUGAGAUGUAUAAUAACAGCCAAAUUGACGGCAAGUCCCUACUAACUCUCAAGACAAUCAUUAACAUUUCCCUGGAUUUCUCAAUCAAUAAACUCAAACAAAGAUCAUUACACAUAUGGAAUAAUGUGAAGAGUACUAAGAUAAGCAAGUUGUAUAGUAUGAUAAAUUAUGACAAUUUUAAUGAUAACGGGACGGACCAGGACAGUCCAAUGAACAUAGGCGACUUUGAGGAUGUUAAUAAGAUUAACGGGUUUGAGUUUGAGUGGAUGCUACUGAAAAACAAUCUCGAGUAUAUUUUAAGUAAAAGGUUGAACUUCAUCAAUAUAAACAACGCCUCCUUUGUACUGGAUAUCAUACUCUCGUACAUACAGGCGCAUGAAAAGCUGGUAGUGAAGCAGAACAAUAUCAUACAAAUUAUUCUGAGCAGUAAAUUCCUGGAGAGUUAUAUGAAGCAGAUCAAUAACGCGAAAAAAUACGUAUUCAUAAUAAAGAACAAGAUGAACGUAAUGUUUUACUACUGUUUACUGAUUAAAACGUCGUCGACAAUGAUAAACAUAAAGAAAGAGAUUGUGAAGCAGUAUUAUUCAAAUGGGAUGCUACUGGACGAGGACGAGAAAAAGCUCAACGACUUGUUGGACGAGUACAAGAUCACGAACAAAUCAAACUACACCAAGAUCAUUAAAUUUAUAAUUAAGAAAUUUUACCACAUGAUAACGUUCAAGAAAAACAUCUACGCAACAACUAAUAUUGUAUAA